GAAGAAGAAUAAGGCUUACGUCACUUCCGUAAAAACCAAGGCUACUGUAAUGUGGGAUUUGUGUGCUGGGUGUCUUUUGUCAAUGUCGUUUUUACCGUCAUUUAUGCAUCCUGAACGUAUACGAUGUCUCAUCCUGAAUCCUCCUGUACGACCUCACAUGACAUAGAAAACCCUUUUGUGGGUGAGAAUGGAAGAACCGAGGAUGGCUCUGUUGACAGAGAGGCUAGCAGCCCAAACGGAAGUGUGAAGGAGCGUGUCUUAAAGGAGGUAGGAUUCACCAGCUCCGCAUUCAUUGGUCCAGCAUUUCCUCCAAACUCAUCCACAGUCAAGUCUGACUUUGAAGACACACUGAGCGAGUUUUACAAAGAGCUUGAGAAGAUUGAUACACCCGAUGGUGCUCAGGAUAACCCAGGGAAACAAAAUGCAAGUGUUGUUCAAUCACCUCCCAAAACAUCUACCAGCAAAGAGACUCAGGAUGUGAGCGAGGAGAAAAUAGUUCACGCAAGCAAAUCUGCAGAAACAGAUGGCUACCAGAAAAGCAGUGGGCAGAAACAGUCAUCCUGGUCACACUGGUAUCAAAAUGAACCAUACUGCCCAAGAAGACCGAGGCCAGCUGCUCCUACUCAAAAUCAGUGGCAUUGUCCUCAAACACUAAACAGACCACCAGACCCAAGAUUUUACAGACCCCCAUUCCAUCACCCGCCACCCCCAUCUGCAUUCCCAAAUCCACAAAACCCACCACCACAUGUGAAUCAAAACAGGAGCAGUUCAGGCGCGACAAACCAAUGUAAAGAGGAAUCGCAUUUUCCAACAUUUUCUAGGUUCCCACCUCCGAAUGUAUGCAGUCCCCCCUCUCAGGGCUUCUAUGGAGAUCCUCCACAUCACUUCAACAGAGAAGAGCAGGGUCAUAGCCACAAUAUACACUCAAAUAAUGUAAAUGUUGGGUGCUCCAGAGCUGGAAAAGAAGAAUGGUGUCAGUUUGGUGAAGAUAAUGACAGGCUCCAGAGAUUUGAUUCAGAAAGUGAAUCGUGGGAGCAUCACAGACAACCCACUGAUAACAGUAAUGCCUACCAUUCUUCCUUGGUGCUGAUCUUGAUGAGGGGAUUACCAGGAUCUGGGAAGUCAACAAUGGCCAGGGAGCUGCUUUCCACUGGUCCCAGUGGGCUCAUACUGAGUACUGAUGACUACUUUGCUCACAGAGACGGCUACCGCUAUGAAGCAGGGCUUCUGGGAGCAGCACAUGAAUGGAACCAGAAGAGAGCUAAAGACGCUAUGCAUGAUGGUCGAUCUCCCAUCAUUAUUGAUAAUACAAACCUUCAGUCUUGGGAAAUGAAGCCAUAUGUCGAAAUGGCCUUGAAGAGAGGAUACAGAGUGGACUUUUGUGAACCAGACACACACUGGAAGUUUGAUCCUUAUGAGCUGGAGAAGAGGAACAAGCACGGUGUUCCACAGGACAAGAUCACACAGAUGAUGGAUCGUUUUUCAUUUCCCAUAUCUGUAGACAUUGUCAUGAGGUCACAAGAGCCGCCUCACAUAAACCAGAGACGUCGACCAGACCAGCCACAGAUGAUGAGGAGAAAACAGGAUUUCCAUUAGUUUUCCACAGAAAUUUAACAAGCCAAAUGAAGAACCACACUUUUGUAAUGUUGUUAAUAUUGUUGCCUGCUCUUUUUACAGGAUUUUUUUAAUUAAUUAUUUUGUUUGCUGUAAAUUUAUAUAAAGAAAGAAGAAAUCUAUUUUUUUCUGAAGAAGUUUUCAUAGUUAAAUAAAGUUAAAUUUGCACAAAUAACAUCUUUUGUAGGAAUGAAAAUCUGAAUCAUUUUUGCAUUUUGUGUUUAAUGACUGGUAUUUCACACUUGUCCUUUUGCAGUUUGUCUGUUUUCUACAAUAUUAUAUAUGCAACAACAUGAAAAACCAAAAGGUUGUCCUCAUCGGCUUCAUGUUGUUUUCCUUUCUUUGGUUAGUUGCUAAAAUAGUUUUUCAGUGUGUUCAGAUUUGCUGAAAUCAGUAGUGCAACUGCUGUAAUUUUCUAUUCCAAUGGGACUGUGUCUGAGUUCUUUAAUUCAAAGGGUAAGUUCACACAUUUUCAAGUCCGUCAUAAACAAUACUCAGGUGUGCCUGAAAGAAGUUUGGCUUGCUCUAAUCAUUCCUCCUGUUCAUACUAGACAUUAAGAGCUCCAUUUCUGACGGGGGACAACAUCCACAGCCGUCAUUUUGUGCAAUAAAUGUAUUUCAAUGUU